AUGGAGAACACGAACAGCAGCCAAGAUCUGUCGUUCGAUGUCCUCGGGGUACUGCCGACCGUCCCGACAACCACACCACUCGAACCCAGCCUCAUCGGUUCGCACACACGCACAGGGAGGCCUCAGUCCCACCAUUCGUAUGCCCUGGGAGGGGAAGGCAUAGCAUCAGGCACUGGUGGGAGCACAGAAUCUGGUCUUGAGCAAGGGUUCGAGCGAGAAAGCUAUGACUCAGACCAAGAGCUGGAAGCGAUUCGAGGAUCGGUGCGCAGUCUCCGCGCGCAGCGGGCUGCCGUGGAGAAGCUGAAGGAGAAGGCACGGCUGCAGGAAGGCACGGCAGAAGAGCUCAGACGCAAGCUUCGGGAAGCGGAGGGAAAAGUUUGUGAGCUCAGGGCUCAGGGAGGACGAGAUGUGGUGCGACGCCUCAUGGACGAGGUGACCGAGCUGCGUGCUCGGCUCAAGGCCACUUCGACGGCCUUUCAGACGCGGGAGAACAGCGUAGCCGACCUGCGGGAAGCCGUGCAGACCCUGACUCUGGAUUUGCGCGCGGGACAGGAGAAAGCGAGAGCGCAGUCUCGAAAGCUCGAACAGCAGUGCGCUGCCUCUGGGCGCGAGUUAGCGUCACUGUCAGCGCUCUUGAGAGAGGCCAACGCCACUCUCGACGCGUCCAAGGGGAGCAUGCAAGCCACAGUGGCCAAGCAGGCGGAGAAACUCGAAGCUGCCCGCAAGGAGAAAGAGUCUCUGUUGUUCGAGAAAGGCCAGACUCAGGAACGUGUGAAGGAGCUCACAUCCAUGUGCGAACGACAGCGGUCGAAGCUCGCCGAUGCCGGGCAUCGCGCCAGAGAGCUUGAACGAUUGGCUUCCGCUGCCAAAAAGGAAACCAGGCUGGCGCAGGAGCAGGCGGCAAAGCUGAAGACGGAGUUGUCUGCGGCUGACAAGAGAAGGAGGGAGGAGGAUGCCGGCGCCACGAUAAAGCUCAGGACUGCUGCUCGGCAGGUGGAAGAGCUGCGGUCUGAGGUGGUUCUGGUCAAGUCGGAGGCCGCGGAAAAGGCGCGACAGCUCGUCAGGCAUCGAGAUGAGAUGUCCGCGUUCCGCGAGGACGUCAGCAAAUUGCGAGAGGCGGCGGUGCAGCAGGGAGACAUGCGACAGGCAGUGCGGGACCGAGAUGAAACCAUCAGAGAUCUAAGGCGUCAACUUGAACUGGAGAGACGGGAAAGGGGGCAGUGGGGACAAGCCAGGAAGCAGCUCCUGUUGGAGUUUUGCGAAGAAGAAAACAAGCUCCGAUCGACUCUCCAACCCGCGCAACACCAGGAGCCUCGCAGCACGCGGCGACAAGGACGGAAACAAGCCAUUCUCGAGCACGCGCCACCGACGGGAAGCGAUCGCCGCCUCACGCGCCACAAGCCCUUGAGCCGGCACGCCACCAUUCGUAAUAUUCGGACUAACGGGGAUUCCCGUCGUAGCAGCGCCAACAGCUCUUUGAGGGGUGAGGCGUGCGUCGCUCGCGAGGAAGAGAAGGUGUUCGGGGAUAGCGAGGCGGGCGAAGUGCUUCUUGACCUUGCGGGAGGGGGGGUGAGAGACGGUGGUACCGGAACUUUGGGCGGAUACGAGGAGGGGAAUAGUAGUAGGACCAUGGCAUCGGACGAGUUUGAAAUGCGGCCGGGGCAACAACUAUCGCAACAAGCUUAGACAAAAGUUUGGGUUAUAGUGUACAGCACCAUACUGGGGCAGCGAGAAUUGAAAAUUGGGCAGAGGGUGCAGUAUCAACAGUACAGAGAUGUAGAAAAUAGAGUUGUAAAAGUCAUUAUGUACCAAAUUUAACUUGCCUACAUUCUGCGUGUGUAGGUUGUUAAUUUCAGUUGGGUGAGGUUUGAGCGGAGAUACGAAACGAGUUUGCCUCACACCAGCUUGUCGGCGCGAAGCCGCCCAAAAUCAGAUGAGACGUGUGCACAGACGGAGUUGUCGUUUGUUCACCAAGAUUGUUCACAUAAACGCCCGUCGCCUCCGAAGCAGUGGUACCGGGUUGCAUUUUAACGUUGGUGACAGGCACCGGGAAACAAAGCGGAACGUCGGCGGUAUUUACACGGUAGAAUCGCGGGCUUGCACGCUUCGGAUUCAGUUACACCCUUUAUU